AUGGAUUCAGAAGGCAGUGUCGGUGGUUCGGGCUCGCCCAAAUAUCAGCGCCAUGAUCCUCCUCCCACUUCCCGACGCAGGCAGAGCGCAGCAGCCAGACGACAGUCUCCAACCGGAAUCGAACAAGCCCGUGCAUUUCUACAGCAAUUCUACAACUCGAAAUCGACAGCCACAGAGUACGAUCUCGAGAAGGUCUUUGUCUGCAAGAUAUCUGAGAUCGAGUGGUUGGUUCUAUGCCACGAGUACAACCUUGACGACGAAAGGCGUCAAGUUUGGCCUCGAUUUUCAUUCAACUCCCACACAUCAACUCUCAAAAUAUACGCUAUGCAAUCCUGGCUCCACGAAAGCAUUAUCGCUUUUCUUCAUGACCAUUUCAUUAUCCUCUUUAAUCGAGUCCUUCCUCAACAACUCCGCAAAAGGGUCAAGAUUCAUACAAGCGUGGAGGAAGAUGUGUUUAAGGCAGAACAUUUAGGUUCAUCUAAAAUCCCGGAUAUGGGCAUCUCUCUGCGGAAGAAUGACAGUCCUAAACGUGAACUUCAAUGGGCUCUUGAGGUUGGUUUCUCUGAAACCUACGAAGAUCUUCAGGAAGACAUGCGGCUGUGGCUCACCGGUCACCCGACAUGUUCUAUGGUCGUUCUCAUCAAAAUCACGGAAAGUCCAGCAUACCGAUGCCCACUCCCUUUCGACUUGGAUACUUGCGACGAACUCAAUAUAGCUCGGGAUUCACCUGAUCAGAUCGAGGAAGGAGACUUCUCGCUUCAGGGGGAAUACGGCCCGGUGGAGUUCAAAGGAUACCAGUGGGUAGGACAAAUCUCAGAAGUAUAUCUUGAGGCUUGGACUCGCAAUCCGAGAACCGGACGACCAAGGCGAAGAGGGGGUCGCAUGUCUAUACUCCCUCCGGCAAACGAAUCUCCUCAAUUUCGACUCGCCGACCUUGUCCCCGUUGACGACCCUCAAAUGACAUCCUUGGAUUGGGAAGAACUACGAACGGAGCUCAAGGACUGCCUUCGAUUACAGGCUGUUAAGAGGUGCCGCGCAUGGAUCAAGGAAUGCAUAAAACGUGCAGGGUUGGAUGACGGCGAAUUUGACGGGGCUUCGUAG